CAGCCCGUACUCAUUCACUCCAGUUCUCUGCCGACGGCCGCGGCAGACGCACGCGACCAUUCUCCGCGCCGCUUCCGAUGUUACACUACGAUUACGACAUAGUUUCGCACAUACAACUUUUACCGUGACAGUGAAACUUAUUUCUGUGAAUAUGGGUUAAACGUCCUGCUCUUACGUGAUGAGUCCGGGCGAGCGCGCCGCCUUAGGGCGCCGCGAACCCGCUCGCCCGCAAUAUGCAACUACCGCACCCGGAUUCCCGCCGCCCUACUAUCCGCCCUACGGUGUGCCGCAUCCAAACGCGUGGCUGGGCGCUCCUCUCAUUUCUAUCGCAGGACGUGCUCCGCCCGCACGACAAACACCGGUUUCCAAGUUGGCUAUGCACGCUCAAGGCGCUCCGCUGAUUAUACAAAACCGCCAGGAUCGCCGAAAAUUUACGACCGUGCCUGAGCAACGGACCCAUCGACCACUUGCACACACUGAUCAUGUCGCCAGGGAAAGGUGCGAGGGGAACGAAGGAAACAGACUUCGUAACCAACAGCAACAACCUCGCUCCACACGCAGCGGACGAAACAACAACACGGAUGCAGUCAGUGUCGCUAGCGACGAAAGUUCCGGUUCCACUAACUCCGAAACAAUGUUGCCAAGGAUAAUAAAACCAAGGAAACGCCGUAAAAAAGACCGGAAACCCAACAACAUUUUGUCACAUGAUUUGUCCCCUACCGGCUUGGAACUUGGUGAAAUCGAUCAUUGCACAAUUUCUGGCAUUUCGUCGAUUCCGCGAAAUAUUUAUGAUGAAUCUUACUGUCGUGACUUAUCGAUGUCGUACAGAGCGGAUGUAAAAGUUUUGGAAUACCCGGAACCGGUGCCGGAGACUUAUCGUGUGUCAGUGCUCGGCGAAGCGUUAGAGGCUAGCUGCUUUGGUCUGGCGGAGGCCGCUUCGCCUGCGGAGUCUGCCGUUACGUCGUGUCAAUGUCGGUACUGCGAUCCCGUGGGACAAAUAUGGGACGCGGAUUCAAUUGCAGAUCUGCUGAACGAAAACUCCAGUGGCGAUUUUGCUCCUACGAAACUGGAAGAUUCCAUGAAGGUGGUGGGCUCUCUUGGUAGGCGAGGCCCUGACACAACUCUAAGACGCAGCUGGAGCGACCCGUCUUCACGAAUUCCUGAACAGCGAGCAGUAUAUAACAGUGACACAUCUUCAGCUCCAAAUCUCUACUCGCUUUUUCCCCCUACAAAUAGGGCUAGCUCUCCUGAGCCACGCUCUCCGCUAGCUUUGGAAAUUACUUCAGAGAUUGUGACUUCUAUGAACGGUCAUCGCGAUCUAGAGAUCAAACUGUUUUCGACCUCGCCACCGGCCAAAAACCUUGAUCAGCGUUCGUUCUUCGCUGAUAAAAGUGAAAGUGCCGUUAACAAAUGUACUUACCACGGUCCAAAAGUAAACAGUGCGGUGAUAUGUGAAAAGGAGGAAUCUAGUGUGGACGUUAGUGGAAAGAGUGAAGGUGCAACCGAAUCGGCGUGUUCUCCAGUUGGACCUCCACCGGAUGUGCGCAAUAUUUGUGAUUUGCCUUAGUUACUGUCUAAGGCUUGUGAUCGUGCUUGAUAUUAUGUUUGUGUAGAUGUAUGUGUCGUCAAUCGGUCCAGAAAACUACGCUCGCCAUUUGAGCUGGACUCAAGUCGCCAUGCAGCGAGGCAUGCACGGAGCGUCAUAUCCAGACCCAUAAUGAGAUCUCCGAAUCGGUUUCCUGUAGAUUUUAUAAUAAUUUAUUUUUAACAAUAGCAUAGGAAACUGACAAGGGGCUUUAUCUGGAGACAUUUUUGUUGUUUUAUGAUUUGCCGCUUGUCAAUGCCGCGGACGGAUGCGCAGGAGUAACUAGCAGCGCGCAAUUAGCGUUUCACACUACUGACACGAUUCUCGCGGCUGCGGCGGCGCACUCUUAUUGCGGUUUCCCGCCGUUUUCUCCGCGCGCGUCGUUCCGGGUGGCGCCUCGCACUCAUACCACAAUACCAUCGGUUCAUGCCUUUAAUGGCACUCCAACUUAUAUUUCAUAUCUAUACUUCAAAUUAUAAACAAAAAAAGGCUCCCAUAUUGUCAUUAGUCCCAUUACAACUAAUACUUUUUUUUAGACAACAAAAAGUGAUAUAAUUAUAUUAAAUUAGACUUGUUUAUCUUAUAAGUGAAACUAAAUAAUAAAUGUAUUCGCCGUGGAUCUCAUAAAAAGUAGUGCGUGAAUUAUUGUCACGGUUUAGUUUAAUAGUUUGUUAUUUAAGAUUAAAUAUCGAUAGUAAAUUUUUCAUCGUAAAGUCGAUGUGCAUUUAUUAUUUAAUUAUGGUCGUCACAUCAAAUCACUAACAAGUAACAUCCUUAUUUGCCUUAGUAACUUCGUAAUAAUCUAGUAAUAAUUGUACUUACAUUUGUAUGUAUAUUGAAAUUGUUUUUUUACUCGAAUCAACACCUCGUUAUUUUUACCUUAUCACUUUCAACACCAGAACUCACUGAAGCUGACCAACUUGCACAAACGCAACAAACAUAUUUUUUAGGGUUCCGUCCGUCUGUCCGUCUAUCUGUCUGUCACCAGGCUGUAUUUCAUGAACCGUGAUAGCUAGACAGUUGAAAUUUUCACAGAUGAUGUAUUUCUGUUGCCGCUAUAACAACAAAUACUAAAAACAGAAUAAUAUAAAUAUUUAAAUGGGGCUCCCAUACAACAAAAAUGAUUUUUUUGCUGUUUUUUUCCGUAAUGGUACGGAACCCUUCGUGCGCGAGUCCGACUCGCACUUGGCCGGUUUUUUUUAUUCACCGGUUGCUUACUGGCACGUUGGGACAAUAUUGGGAACAUUUUAUACUCCUUAAUGUUCAUUGACAAGCGGCGAUUUUGAUAAUAUGUGUCCGAUUGGCUGACAGGUUCAUUUUUGUUUAAAUAAGGGUCCAACGUCAUAAGUUAAACCAGAUAAAGUUCCACAAUGUAGAUAUUGUGAAUAUAACUAAGUUAUUCAUGGACUGUACACCGUCUCUAUCGUUGGGUAUUACAUAUCAUGGGCUGUACGAUUUUCUCUAUUUUAUUUUCAUGUGUUGUGUUUGCUUAUGUUUCGCGGCGCGUGCGUGGGAAGACAUGAUAAGUUGUUUCUUGCUAACUUUUUAUUAUUCUUCUGUACGAAAAGCUCGGCGUACGCUAGCAGUCUCCACAUACCUAGCUUAUGUUUUGAAUUCUGAUUAUAACGCGUAUUUAGUAGUAAUUGUGUCACUUGAUUUACAAAACAUAUAUGCGGUUGUAAUUUUAAAUACCCAUUCAAGUUGGGCCUGCUUCAUUUUGAUUAUACUUUUUUACUAAAAGGAAGAAGGCUUUAGCUUUAGCGAAGCACGCGGUUUUAGCUUCACGAUUAUUUUAUCGAAUUGUUUGUACACAAGACUUGACACAUGUACAUUAUAAUCUGAAUUAGUAAUCUCUAAGGAACGCCAGCCAUGCCGAGCUUGUAAUUGUGGUGGGAUCCAAAGAGAGUCACCGGCACGGCUGUAAGACUCAACGAUACAUCGUCUUAAUGUAAACAAUAUAGGCUAUUUCUAGCUUACUGUGUGAAUGCAUCUUAUAUAUGCAUAUGUAGUUACAUAGGUAUAGUAUUUCGUUUGUGUACGGUCGAGAGGCACGAGUUACACGCUCGCACACUAUUUUUGUACAAUAAAUACCAAGUCCAGAAAUAAUAA